GAGAGGAGAACACGCGGGCACCAGGCCGGCCGGCCCGGGAUGCCGGGGCGCAAAACGAUUAAAAAAACGGCGCAAAAACUAGCCAAAAACCAAACCCGCUGCGCCCGAAAUCGUGGUGGUGGUGGAGCAGAGGCAAGAGCUGGUGUCGAAAGCGGCCAGCGCCACCGCGCGGAAGCGGCACGGCGCGGAGGUGAGGAGGAGAAACCAAAGGAAGAGAGGGAAAAAAAAAGGACGCAAAAAAAAAAGACGGAAGGAAACAAAAAAGGAAACAAGGGGAAAGGGUCUCAAGGAAGAGGAGGGGAAGGGGAAGGGAGACGCCACUGCCCAAACCCUAGCCGAGCGGCCCCCCCGAGCAUCCCACCCUCCCCCUCCAAGCGCGCGCGCGCGCACGGCGCACGUCCGGCGAUGCGGAAGUCGAAGCAGCCGCAGCCGUCGCCGGAGAUCCGGUACCGCGGCGUGCGGAAGCGGCCGUCCGGGCGGUACGCCGCCGAGAUCCGGGACCCGGCGAAGAAGACCCCGAUCUGGUUGGGUACCUUCGACUCCGCCGAGGCGGCGGCCCGGGCCUACGACGCCGCCGCCCGAUCCCUCCGCGGGCCCAACGCGCGGACCAACUUCCCCCCCGCCGCGCCGUCCGCGCCCCCGCCCCGGCCGCCGCUGCCGGCUGCCGCCACGUCCAGCCACAGCAGCACCGUCGAAUCAUGGAGCGGCGGCGCCCCCCGCGCCGCUGCAUCCGCUCUAGCCCGCUCCUCCGCCGCCCCGAUGGAGGCGGCCGAGGAAGAGGACUGCCACAGCUACUGCGGCUCCUCUUCGUCCGUCCUCUGCGAGGACGGCAGCGACGACGCAGCCGCAUCUCGCGCUCCUCUGCCGUUCGAUCUGAACAUGCCGCCCCCUCCGGAGGAGGUAGACAUGGCCGCCAUGGCCGAUCAGAUGGGUAUCCGCUAUGACACGCUACUCCGCCUCUAGCUCGCAAGAACAGUAUGAUUUGGAGCCAUGAUUUGGAGGGGCGAGCUGGAAAAAGAUCGAGACAAUCUCAGCUCAGCUCUGCCUCGUUUCUUUUUCGGCUGAUCUGACGGUGUUCUCAAGCUAGAAACGGAUAAUUCUUGCUUCCUUUUUCUCUCUCGUUCUUCUUUUCUUCUUUUCUUACCACGUUGAUGAUUCGAUAUGUGAAUAAUUGUGUCAUGUAAGCUGCGAGCAAGGAAAUCUGAGCUUUUCCUUAUCUUUCUAUGUGGUAUUCGAGUGAUAUCGCUGUUGUUGUUUCAUUAGUUGGAAAGGUAAUGGAAGAAAUGAAGAGGAAUUAUUUAUUUGAUGCAGUUGCUUCUGGCUACUGCUUGAUAUCUCAAGUUUGCAUUGCUCAGAUGAGCACAAUAUAGAUAACAUACUCUAUGAUCACAAUUGUGAAAAUCAUAUGUAUCUAUGCACUGCAAUUUCAAGUUCUUUUAGGGAUAACAUCAGAUGAAAGUUCUAAUCUAAAUGUUGAUUUUGCAGUGUUUCUCCUUCAUGUCUGCUGAUGCCAUCAAUAACCUUGCUUUGCUAUUGCUUGCAAGAAUUCACCUGAGUGCCAUUGCUUCGUUGGUCAUGUUUUGUACUCAGAUUUCUGCUGUAUUCUGGGCUAGGAAUUUAGUGUUUGUCCAUUACAGUGGAUAUGGCUCUGGGUGUCUUAUUCUGAGAAGUUACAGACUUGUAUGCUAACUCCUGUGCUUCCCUAGCUUUCUCCAUCUGUGCAAAUAUACAAGGGAUCCCAAUAUGCCAACAUUAUGUUCUCUUUUCUUGUGUUUGUUUCUCUUGGCCACUAUGAAGUUGGAAAACAAGAGGUUGAUGUGAGCUGCAAACAUGAGGCUGAAGUGAACUAGAUGACCUCCCUGUGUUUCAUGUUAUUACAUCGAGAUAUCGGGGUGAGCGAAGGGUCUUCUGAUUGUCUGUUUAAACUUCUUGGUGCUAUGUAAGUUUGGAUGCAAUUACCUUUUCUUUGGGUGUGUAAUGCACAAAUCCAGAAUCCGGAUAAGUAGCCAUGCUGUAAGGCCUUGCUUGCAGCAUAGGUAUGUUGUAUGCUUGCAUGAAUUUUAUAUGAACUUCAAUUGUUCGGGAACAUUGACUUGGACCUU